CGUCAUGUUUGUGCGACAACAGCCGUCAGGGCAUGACUUUUCCCGUCAAGUUCUUAGGCACUCUGUGAAGACUUGUUUGUUCUGUUUUGUUUUGUUUAUUGAUAUCAGUCCGUGUAGCGGUCAGGUUCGGGAUGUCUCUUCACAGAUUACUAAGAUGCAAAACUCUUCAGGCGUUAUCAUGUAGACAGACACAGAGGUCUUUUUCGACCAACACUGCAGGAGAGAUCCGCAUUACUAAAAUACUGAAAGAGAAGUUUCCCCAAGCUUCGUCUCUCAAAGUUGUGGAUAUAUCCGGCGGCUGCGGAGCGAUGUAUGAAAUCCACAUCGAGUCAGAUGAAUUCAGAGGGAAGAGAACAGUGAAGCAGCACCAGUUAGUGAAUGAGGCGCUCAAAGAAGAGAUUAAAGAGAUGCACGGACUGCGGAUCUUCACAGAAGUUCCAAAAAAUAGUAAAGCAGAAAACUGGCAGAAUUAUACAACUUAGCUGUUGGACAGAUCCAGCGACCACAAGCGCAUGUUCAAAUGAUACAGGAGAGAAAAUCAGUGUUUUGCAACGACCGUCUCAGUCUCUGGGUUUGAACCCUAUUAACUGAAAAGAGUGCGUACAUGCCCAAAGCUAAGAAGGAGUUUGUAAUUUUGUACAUGGAGGAGUGGUUCAUGAUUCUCUACAUUGUCAUUAACUAAGCCAUUAACAGAAAAUGGCUUGGUACUGUUAUGCUUUCCAGAGGAGGCAUCACCAUCCCUAUUUAUUGUGGAGUACCAAUAAUUUUGAAACCAAUAUAUUUAUUUUUUAAAAAAAGAAGUAAUUUUUGUUCAAUUACAUAAGUGCCAAUAAUUUUGAAGUUGACUGUAUCAGAACUAGAUAAUAGGAUUGCCUUUUCCUGCAAGUGCUGCUGAUUUUUAAAAACGAAACACUUGAUAAUAUACACAGAAUAUUGAAAAUGCAGUGGGAAAAAUUGCUCAUUUCCAUCGUUGCUCUAGAUUAAGUUUCUUGAGUGAAUGCUUAGACAUGCAGGAUCUCAUAUGCCUCCCAUUGCAACUUUCAAUGUCAUAGCAGUAUGGAUUAAACCUGAGAAGAACACAUCUAAAGCGCUUUCAUUGGGUAGAAUUAUGGUACAUCAUCCCUUAAAGAGGCACUGGGUAGAACUGAAACUCUAAACCACCCUGCCUUCAGGCUUUGGUACAGUAACCCUGGGAUGAUUUGUUUAUUCAUUAACCCCACUCACCUCCCAUCCAUGCUCAUGUACAUGGAACCCUGCGUCCUAGACAUGCUCAUGUACACGAAUCCCCACCUAACAGGAAGAAUUUGUCUUUAUUUGUCAGGUUAGCGAACUGUUAAACUGCUAGUUAAUUGGAUUAUAAUAUAAAAUGAACUCCUGCUGUCAUCCACACAACCUCAUUUUAUAAAAUGUGUAUUUUAUGAACAUUUAUGGGCUAAACACUAAGAGACACAAUUUAACUAUGAAAUCCAAAGGAUAACAAUAUCCCAAGUGAUUUUUUUUUUAAUCUCACAAUUUAAUAACAGCUCUGGCUUUAGUUCAGCCAAGUGACUAGUUACAGGAGUUAGCUAACCUAGUUAGCUUACAAGUAUUGUCCAACAGCAAUGUUGAAUAUUCAGUUCUGAUUGGCCAGGAUUUACAUUUACGGCAUUUGGCAGACGUCCUUAUCCAGACUUACAUUUAUCUCAUUUAUACAACUGAGCAGUUGAGGGUUAAGGGCCUUGCUCAAGGGCCCAGCAAUGGCAGCUUGGCAGGGCUGGGAUGGGAUUUGAACUCACAACCUUCCAAUCAAUAGUCCAAUGAUAACCACUGACAGAUGUUAUGGCGGCAAGGUUUAUAUUAAAGCACUUGUUUUAACUGAGAGAAAAACAGCACUGUGGUAUACAGAAACUUGUAUGGCGGACGAGCCACAUAUACAGAUUAAAAAAGGUGCAGAAUUGUUGAUAUGACUUUGAGGAGAUGUUUAUUUCGCCUUCUUGGAUGGAGUCUCCAGUGUCAGUGCUGAGACUUGGCGCUCUCAGGUUAAUUGGUACCAGGAUGAGCUGUAUUUUUUGUUGUGUUCACUAUAAGAGAAAGAAACAGAUUGAAGGAAUGACUGUUUAUAGCUGCUAUAAUGUAAGUGAUAAUAGGAAACUUGUUUUUCAGAUGUUCCACAACAUUAAACAUAAACGGAUAAAAAG